AUGAACUCCUUGUUGUUCGCGUUAUUAAUUGUUUAUUCACAAGCGAUUCAAUGGUGUUCUGAUGAUAAAGGUACUCUUUUUUGUAGCAGUAAAGAAGACAUUAUAUGCGAACAAACUGGUUUCUUUACUGAAAAAGAAGUUAUAUAUCUUCGAGAAAAUAUCGUGAAAAUAGAAUGUCAUAUCAUUUCAACUCUUCAAAUUCACGUGAGUGAUGACAUUAAAUACAUCGACUUUAUACUCAAUAACACCAAUUUAAAGAUACUCAACACAAACGACUAUUAUAAAAAUGUAACCCGGCGAUUUAUUACUUUCUCUCAACAACAAAAAGGUUUAAAUUCACACAAACAAAAUUCGGGGGAAUCGUGUGGUGCCACAAUUAAUUGCGAAGUUUGUUUAUAUGAUUCCCCCGGUGGGGUAUAUGGUUGUUCCCGGUGUAAAGAGGGAUAUAAGGUUGAUUUUUGUGGGCAAGAUUAUUUUUGUUAUCUAUAUAACACUGGAACAUGUGACCCCGCUUGUGCUGUUGAUAACAACUUAACCUUAAUUAAUGAAAAAUAUAAAUGUUGUAUAAACCAUUGCGCAAUUGGGUCUUGUUCCACAACACAGACAUAUGGCUCUUGUUCUCAAUGUGAAAAUGGGUAUGCAUUGAACAACAUAUACAACACUUAUAAUGUGUGUAAAAAGUGUCAUGUAAAUAAUUGUAAAAUAAGCAACAAAACAAAUCAAAAUCUUUGUGUUGAAUGUAACGCCGGGUAUACUCUUAAAACGUUGACAGAAUGUGCAGAAUGUUCUGCAAUUGCAAAUUGUAAAAUAUGUAACAUGACAACUUACGCUUGUUUGGAAUGCAACGAGGGAUUUUACGUUUUAAAUAAAAAAUGUCAAAUAUGUAGUGACACUUGUAAAGACAGUAAAUGCAACACAACGACGGGGUAUUGCUUUAAUUGUAUCGAUAAUUAUGUUUUAGCACAAGAACCCAAUUCAUUGACUUGUAUCCCUUGUAAAACUUUUGAUGUCAAUUGCAAGAAAUGUGUUGUUGGAGGUGUCAGAAUGUGUUAUCGGUGUGAAAUGGGGUAUUACCCAAUUUCCAAUGGUUCCUGUAUACCUUGUGAUGCUACUUGUAACCCCAAUGGUUGUAAUACAGUUACUGGAAUAUGUUUAGUUUGUUCAAACACUAUAUAUACACUUAACAUAACAGCUUCUAUUAAGUGUGUUAACUGUUCGAGUUUAGAUUCUCGGUGUACUAGUUGUUCAACUAACUCAAGAAUGUGCACUGAGUGUACUAAUGGAUAUUACCCAAACUCAACUGAUGCAACUCAGUGUAUUAAAUGUGACUUAACUUGUGAAAAUGGAUGUGACUCUAAAACUGGUAAUUGUAAAACAUGUACUAAUAAUUUAUAUACAAUCAAUUCAGAUACACCAAGACAGUGUCAAUUGUGUUCUCAAUUUGAUCGAAAUUGUUUGAAAUGUUCAACAACAAACCGAGCGUGCGCAAUUUGUACAUAUGGUGUUUCAUAUUUACUUAACGGUUUGUGCAAUCCAUGUGAUAGUACCUGUUCCACAUGUGAUGCGAAUGGAAUUUGUACUCAAUGUAAAGACACGUAUGUCCCAUAUACACCAAAACAAAUUGUAUGCCAAAGUUGUUUCUCUUUUGAUCCCAAUUGUAUAAUUUGUGCUUCAGAUGGAAGUAGAAAGUGUAUAACUUGCACUACUAACAUGUACCCAGAUAUAUCAACUGGUUAUUGUAUAAAUUGUGGCUCGACUUGUGGUGGUAAUUGUAAUACAACAAAUGGAAUUUGUACAUCAUGUGCACUUGGUAAAGUGUUUACUGACCCCAAAACAACUUCUUGUGUUGAUUGUAAUAAAUUUGAUAUAAAUUGUAUAUCGUGUGAUUCGAGUGGGGAAAGAAUGUGUAUCAAAUGUGCCGAAAAUAGUGGGACUUAUUUAUUAAAUGGUAAAUGUGUUAAUUGUUCUACAACUUGUAUGGUAAAAACAUGCAACUCGACAACAGGAUUCUGUUCAAAAUGUAUAACAAAUUAUGUUGUAACAAAUCCAAUUUCAAAAGCAUGUGAUAGCUGUUCUUCUUUUGAUUCUAAUUGCAAGACAUGUUCUUCUGAUUCAUCAAGAAAGUGUGUUGAAUGUAAACCAAAUUACUAUCCAAAAACAGAAUAUGAUUUCACUUGUAAAGGUUGUGAUUUAAGUUGUGGAAAGAGUUGUAAUAACAUGAAUGGGCAUUGCACUGGAUGUUUAACCAAUUACGUCUAUUCCAAUACAAAUGCAUUUGUUUGUGAUCCAUGUUCUUCUUUUGAUUCAAAUUGUUUGACAUGUGAUCCAUCAUUCAGCCGACAGUGUGUGACGUGUAGAACAAAUGGGAUGUAUCCAGACGAGUCAACCAAGACCUGUAAAUUAUGUGACACCACAUGUAAUGGCAACUGCAAUCAAACAAGUGGGUUAUGCACCGGAUGUCUCACCAAUUACGUCUUUGAAGCGACUCAAAGUAAAGUCUGUGUGCCUUGCAAAACAUUCGAUGCAAAUUGUAAAACAUGUUCUUCUGAUUUCACAAGAAAAUGCGUCGAAUGUGAAAAUCGAUUUUAUCCAAAUGAACUAGGAUUGUGUGUGCCUUGUACUAAAAUUGAUGAAAAUUGCAACUCUUGUGAUUCAAAGAACAAGAACUGUUUGACAUGUUCCGAUCCCUAUUAUCUUUCCAAUCAGAAAUGUUUAAGUUGUAUAGAAGGUACUUAUAAAAGCACUGAAUAUUUAUGUGCACGAUGUUACAAUGGCAUCUUUUAUUGUAAAAAUUGCACCACAAAAUCAGUUGGUAUUCCCUUAUGUAAUUCUUGUUAUUCUCCUUUUGCAUUAAACACCAAAUCUAACACGUGUAUUCAAUGCAGUUCCAACACUUAUUAUAACACCAACAUCUGCAACACUAACACAUACAAUUGUGCAAUACAAGUGACAUCAGAAAAGUGUUUGAAGUGUACUGAUAACAAUUAUUUGUCCAAUGGGAUAUGCCAACCCGUUCAAAACUGUGUAACUCCCUCAACUCGUUCUAUUAGUUCGUGUGAUUGUUACAAUAUGAUUUCAGUUAAUUCAGACUGCAAAGCAUUAUCACUUAAUUGUAAAUACCAAAUAGUAACAAAUGGUACUAUUUCUUGUGUAAAUUGUCAAGAUAACUACACUCCAAACAGUGGAAUUUGUACUUCGACAAGUUUAAUGAACAGAACUAUUCGAAACCAGAACACUUUUCUGUGUAACAAUGGGGAGUACCUUGACAACAAUAAUAGUUGUCAAUUGUGUAAUCAAAAUACUUCAAUUUGUGUGCAUUACAACAGUGAAAUAAGAUCUUUAAAGUGCACCAACACAGCUAUUAUUGAUAUUGAUACUUUGAAGUGUUCUUCUGAUGAAAAUUGCUCUUCUUAUUCAAACAACUUCUGUUCAAAGUGUUCUUCUUCAUCCACUGAAAUUGUCAAAGGAAGAUGUUCGACGUGUUCGACUUCAAAUUGUGCAUUUUGUGAAGGCAACCAAUGUAAACAUUGUCUUUCCAAUUAUCUGAUGUAUUCCACUAAUACGUGUGUCUCCAAAGAUCAAGUAAGUUGUAUAAAGUCGAGUAAAUAUGGGUGUGUACAAUGUAACGAUGGCUUUUAUCAAACAGAUACUCUCAAUUCAGAGAGUAAAUACACUUUCUGUUUACCACUUUCUAAGACUAACAUUUCUAAUUGCAAACAUGCAGCAUAUUCACAUUCUUUGUGUUUAGAAUGUCUUAAUAGCUUUAAGCAGAAAGACGGCAUCUGUUCUGAGUCGUUCAGUGAUGACGUCUUACAAGAAGUUUAUAUUACUGAAUUAACCAGUUUGGACGACAAAACAACGAAAAUUAAAAAGACUGAAAAAGUGAUUCAAAAAGUUUUUAAAAAAGUCACAAAAUAUUUAGAAGAAGACAACAAAAAAGGAAAUGAAAACCUCCAAAUUCAUUUAAAGAGCGCAACAGAGACAAAGUGUUUAGACAGAACCAACAAAGGAUGUCAACGGUGUGGGUUUGGGUAUUAUCAAGAAAAAGACAGUGAUACCUGUCAUAAGUGUUCAUCUCAAUGUGAGAGUUGUUAUAAUGAAACGUACUGUAUUAGUUGUUUAUAUGGCAAUUACCUUACCUCUUCAAUGACUUGUUUAACACUGGGGGAGCUCACCAACAAGUGUCAUUUAACAUUACCGACGGGUAUAGGCUGUGCCAUUUGUAAUGACAAAUAUUACAAAAGAGAGAAAGACUGUUUAGAGUGUGACAUAUCAUGUGCGACGUGUGUGGAGAGUACUUCGUGUUUGUCUUGUAAUGAAUCGUAUUACAUGAUACAAAAUAGUGUGUCCAAAUUAUGUGUUUCGUAUGACAAUCUAACAAAUUGUGUAAAUAAGACUUCAUCGGGGUGUGCCAAGUGUGACAUUGGAUAUUACAGAUUUGAUUAUACGUGUCACCCGUGUUCAGCAAAUUGCAGUCUUUGUGACGACUCUGUUUCGUGCAACAAGUGCUUUUCUGAUGAUUUUGUAGUGAUCAAUUUGUCGUGUGUACAUUACUCGCAAAUCAAAUUUUGUGUUUCAGCGUCUUCCUCCAAGUGCACUGAAUGCAGUGGAAGACACAAACCUUCUGAAGACGGCGACGAGUGUGUUGAUUCGAUCAAUUUGGGUGUUGUCAUAGGCAUUCCCCUUUCCGUUGUUAUUGUACUAAUCAUUAUAGUUUCUAUUAUUAUAGUAUUACUCUAUUUGUUAGUACUGAAGAAGAAGGAAGAAGUGAAGAUGAGGAACAUCUGUGUCUUCCCCAUGAAACGGUCGAACAUUCAAAUGUUCCAAUUAAAUGGGGAAACGCAUGAUUUGUGCUGCAACAAGAAGGUCCUCAAAUUUGAUUUGGAUAACACUGAAGGGACACCCAUCGAUGUAGAUGCUGAGGCAAGAGACUUAAUUUGUAUAGGAAAUACGUCUAAAAAUGAUAUGAAAGUCCAGUUCAGUGUGAUAGAAGGCUGCGAUUACUAUCAAGUGAGAACAGUUCCUCCUCUUGUGAAUUUAAAGAGGGGUUUUGCGUGUGAAUUUGAGAUAUAUAUCAAACCGCUGUGUUCGUGUGAAAUCAAAGAAGAUAUUAUGGUCAUCGGACUUGACAUCAGAACGUGUAAACAAACGAACGAAAGGAUCACUGUAGAAGCGAAGACGAAGCAAUCGACCAAAUUGAAUUACAGAGAAGUGGAGGAAAUUAAGAAGAUUGGGGAAGGGAGUUUCGGCAUUGUUUAUAAAGGAAGUUUCAAAGGGAAAAUCGUCGCGAUUAAGAAGAUGAAAAACGCUCAAGCAACAAAACAAGCAAUCGAAGAGUUCAAUAAGGAAGUUGCAAUGUUGGACAAAUUCAGAAAUGACUUCGUCAUACAUUUCUAUGGCGCUUGUUAUAUCCCAAGUCACAUCUGUAUGGUCACCGAGUUUGCUGAAUAUGGCAGCUUAGCCGACAUGAUAUCGAAAUCGGCACUUCGAAAUUGGUUUAAAAAUGAAGGUGAACCCGACAAUAUCUUAGUCAUUACACUUGAAGAUGAGAUCAAAGCAAAUGGCAAAUUGACUGAUUUUGGAAGUAGUCGAAAUAUUAAUAUGUUGAUGACUAACAUGACAUUCACUAAAGGUAUUGGAACACCAAAAUAUAUGGCUCAGGAAGUACUUUUGAAAGAACACUACAAGAAAUCGGCUGAUGUAUUCUCAUUGGCAGUCACGUUUUAUGAAGCACUGGUGUGGGGGGAAGUUUACCCAAAAAGUGAAUUCAAGUUUGCGUGGUCCGUUGCUGAUUUCGUGACAAGCGGAAAAAGAAGACCAUGUCUGGAAAAUAUGAAUUGUGAGGCGUAUGAUAUCAUCAACUUGAUGUGGAACCCAAUCGCGGCGGAAAGACCAAGUAUCGAAGAGUGCAUAAAUUUGAUGGAUAAAUUAUUUAACUCGUUGUGA